GGAGGAGCUGCGGGCGCGCUACUUGCUGGGAUACUGGUAGAGUGUCUGCAGGCGGGCGAGAAUGAUUGAUUCGUGUGAGGCCUGAGGAAAGAGAGCUGGAGCCACAAGAGAACUUCUGCUGUCACUGAGGGAAACUGUGCACCUGAUUGUCAUUGGUGAGUUGAGAAGUGGAAUUGGAGAUUUUGAGCUGUGAAGUUAAACGCCAGCAUGUCAACAGAAAAGGCAAAGUUUCCAGAUGUUGCUGGAUAUGUGGGAUUUGCAAACCUGCCCAACCAGGUCCACAGGAAGUCUGUGAAGAAAGGAUUUGAAUUCACACUGAUGGUAGUUGGUGAGUCUGGUCUUGGAAAGUCUACAUUAAUCAACAGCCUGUUCCUGACUGACCUCUACCCUGAACGCUAUGUACCUGGGGCUGCAGAAAAGAUUGAAAGAACAGUACAAAUUGAAGCCUCAACGGUGGAAAUUGAGGAGCGAGGAGUCAAACUACGCCUGACAGUUGUAGACACCCCAGGAUAUGGUGAUGCUAUUAAUAGUCAAGAUUGCUUCAGACCUAUCAUUCAGUACAUUGACAAUCAGUUUGAACGAUACCUUCACGAUGAGAGUGGCUUGAACAGACGCCAUAUAAUAGACAAUCGAGUACACUGCUGUUUCUACUUCAUUUCUCCUUUUGGCCAUGGCCUGAAACCACUGGAUGUUGAAUUUAUGAAGGCCAUUCACAGCAAAGUAAACAUUGUACCUGUGAUUGCUAAGGCAGACACACUAACGUUGAAGGAACGAGAACGACUGAAGCGAAGAAUACUGGAGGAGAUCACUGAGCAUGGUAUCAGAAUUUACCAACUGCCGGAUGCUGACUCUGAUGAGGACGAGGAGUUCAAGGAGCAAACCAUGAUUCUAAAGGCUAGUGUUCCCUUUGCUGUGAUUGGGUCCAACCAACUGAUUGAGGUGAAAGGCAAAAAGAUCAGAGGUCGCUUGUACCCAUGGGGUGUGGUUGAAGUGGAGAAUCCAGAACAUAAUGAUUUCCUCAAGCUACGCACAAUGCUGGUCACACACAUGCAGGAUCUGCAAGAAGUCACCCAGGACCUACACUAUGAGAAUUUCCGUUCUGAGCGGCUGAAGCGUGUUGGCAGGAAUGUGGAAGAUGAAACGGUUGACAAGGACAAGAUGCUGUUGCAGAAGGAAGCAGAGCUGCGUCGAAUGCAAGAAAUGAUUGCUCAGAUGCAGGCACAGAUGCGAAUGAAGCCUGCAGAUAAUGGAGAUGGACUGUGAGUGAUGAACUAGUUCUCUUAUUUACAGGGAUGGAAUAUGAUGCAUCCCGUGGUUGCAAACUCUCUUUAUCUCUCAGAUGCAAUACUGACUCUAUAGUGAAGCUGAAGAAGAGGCGGCCUUUACAAACCUUGCAUGGAAUUUUGGUAUCACUUUACUGUAAUCACAGAUAUAUUUUCUACCCUCCUGUUUGUACUGGUAUUACUUGAUUACAAUGGGAAUCUUUAUACGGUUUUUAUAUAGUUUGUAAACCUUCAUGUAUUAUGGCUGCACAUUUUCGAGCUUUCACAGGCAUAUAAUCCUUUUCUUCCAAGUGGCAGAUUUUGGUGCCUAUCCCAGCUCCUAUCAACAUCAGAGAUACAGUCAUUAACGAGGAGAAGGGAAAGCCAGCAGAGUUGCCCAAUUGAAGCCCCAAUGGGAUCCAUUGAAAAAAAAAUUGGUACAUGAAACCCUUCUUUAAUUUGCCAACCAUGUAAAAAUAUGCUGCUGACAGUAUUUCAAUGUGUUAAGUGAAUCAAACACUAUGAUUGUUUUUCAAUUCUGUGUGUUGGCACAGUUACUUAGUGUCACAUGGCGUUCCUGCUGACAAGUUUCCCGAUAAGUGAGAAUGGUUAAUGGUGAUAAUUACUUUCUGUCAUAUUUUAAAGCUUGAUGAAGGGCUGAAAUAAACUUAUAGUCACCCAUUUACUUUGUAGUCUGCAACAGAUGCAGCUAAAUUGCUUACUCAUUAAUCUGUGGUAGACUUUGAUAAUCCUUGAGGUUUUCAACAUUAAGUAACUUGGGGUUUCAUGCCAGCAAAUGUAUUACUAUACAAAAUUCCUUAAGUUGAAACUCAAAACACUAAAACGAAACCUUGUAAACCAGUGUUUUGAAGAAGUGAGUCUCAGACAUGCCCAAGAUUUUGUUAAACAUGGUGCAAUGUAGCAUGUUGAAGGAUAACUGUACUGAUAAUUAGAAUUUCAUGUAUUUAUUAUAUGUGUAUUCUUAGUCAUGUGUUUGCACAUUUUUGGUAUCUUUAGCAUUUUGAAAUCAUGAGAUGCACUAUAUAAGUACAGGUUCUUCAUAAUUCAAUUGAUGGCAGUUUUGCACAUUAGUCAAAAAUUUGGGGUUCAAGUUCAUCUCAAGGACCAAGUGCACCAUCUAUUGCUGAUGAUCAGUGCUGGACCAAAGAUGUACAGAAUUAUGGAGUUACUGAUAUUUGGAUUGAAUUUUGAUCUUUGGUAACUCAGGUAGAUGUUCUUAAUCUCUUUGCUCUUUCAAAGGAUCAGAUGUUCACCUUUUGUCCAGUCAAAGUUAAUUAACACUGACAAUAACUGACGAUGUGUUAAUUUACCUUGCUCCAAUUUGCAAGACUGUGCAGCAUUAAAAGGACCUGAAUUUUGUUUACAUAACUCCAGUAUAACUAAUUGUGCAGGAAACCCAGAGGUAUUUACAAGUUCUACAUAUGUCUUUUAGGCUGCUUACUAAGAUGGGCCACUGAUAUUCCUUAUUAGAAUUGCUGCAGAUCAUUCCAGGCAGAUUUUUUUUUUUCAAAUCACAUACUGCAAAUCUAAGCAUAAUUUAUUCAUUUUAAUACUGACCCUUUUUAAAUCUACAGAACUAUGAACGGUUAAUAAAUGCUGUUUUAACUGAGGCAGUUGGGAUAAGUUUGAAUUUGAUUAAUUGCAUAAACACAGAUCCUAUAUUUAAAAAUUAAAUAUAUCAAAUUUACUGCUCUUUCAGAGAAACUAAAAUAUGCCAAUUAUAACUCCAGUCUUUCCAUUUUAAUCUUAAUUACUAUUUGAAUAGUUAGGUAAGGUUUUUUUUUGGAGUGCAAGCAUUAGUUUGCAGCAAUGUAGCAACAACAUGUAGUUUAUUUUGAAUGGCUGACUUAAAUUAUAUGACCUGAUCAGAGUUUAAGUAGGUGUCUGAAAAUGGGGAACCUGCAUUCCUUGGGAAACUCUUAGUACCAGGUCGCCUGUUAGAUCUAUAGUUUUGAAAUUGCAAACACUUAAAACUACUAAAUGCUAGAUAUGAUUUUCAAGGACCUACAGACUAAAUGGCAUUGUUGCCCUUGCUGUUCCCCAUUUUCAGAAAACUCCCCACCUGAGUAUGAUUAAAAUACUUCAUGGCACCAAUGUUCCUGGAAGUGCAUGUGCUCACUGUUUUGUUGUGCAUAAUAUCGCUGCCAUCUUGUGUAUAACUUGUACAUGUUAUUAAUGAAAUUGCAUUUCAUUAUACCGGAAGGAAGAAUCUUGGUGCUUGGAUCUGUGUUUCUAAUAUUGUUUGCAAAGCCAGCUACUGUUCUGUUGACCAAAUUGCCUUAAGAUUGACUUCAAAUUUUCUAGGGAACUGGGACUCUUUGUUUUUGGUUAAAUGCCAAUAAUCUGCCACGAGGAGCUUUCGUUAGUUAUUCCAGACAUAAUCAUAUAAUGCUUUUAUCUUUGUACCCUGCAUUUGUUUUUAUAUCAAAUAGUGAGCAAUAAACUGUACAGGAAUGAAAUAACUAACUGUGCUCAUUUUAAUAUAUUUAACCUGAUUUUCCCACAAGGAGUUCGUUAACCAAAAGAUUAUGGUAGUGCAUAACUGGAGCGGUUGUGGGUUCAGUAGAAAGGACUGAAAUAAAGUGAGAAUGAUAUACAGUGCAUUUUGCUUAAUUGCUCCAUUGGUUAAUCAGGACAGCCAUUUAUUUUGGACAUCUCUUCAAGAACAAAAACUAAUUGAGAAAAUAGCUGAGAUUCCCUUUGUUUAUUUUGGACACUAUGCUGCUUAAUUGGGACAGGGAACUGUUGCUGAACAGUUUCUAACUAGUGUCAAUCGCCUGAACUUGUAUGGCCAUUAGAUACUACACUAUGCUUAAAGUGAACAAUUUCUAAAUAGCAUCAGUUACGUUUGCUUGUAUUUAAAAAGCAGUGAUUGUUGUCACUGAUAUUUGGUGAGAAAUAAGCAGUAAGACAAUUCAGAUCUGUUUGGCUCUCUGAAGUUUCAAGCAUUCAGGCUUGGAAAUGUCAGAAAGAGCUACUUCAAGUUAGGAACAACAUAGAAUUUGAAGGUAUCGACAAUCAUUUUGAAAGUUACAAUGAAAAUGAAGAUUUGGAGGAUAUAAUCGUUGAAAAUUUUGUAUGAAGGCAAUUUAUUAUCUGUGCUAAGUGUCUGCACUUAUUUUGUUUAUUUAUAGUCAAUCAAGCGAACACAGCAUCUGUUGGUUGUCUGUUGUAUCCAACAGUAACGGUGAAACCUGUGCAGAAGGUUUUUAAGGUAGAAAAGCUGUUGCACUGGGAUAGUUUUGCUCUCUUGAUAUCAGACGUCCAGGUCUACUAGUACAAGUAGUCGUCACAAAUCGGAAUCUGUCUUGGUUACAGUAGAUAACCAUAACUACUUCUGUACUUUAUCAUGCCCUUAGUUUUCCACAAAUGUUGAAGAACCGCCUUUUUGGCCAUUGUAUCUCACUGUUGAUCUCAAGCACCCAGUCCGCCAGAGCUGACUUCACUGGGGUAUGAGGCCCACUGGGUAUCUUCGCCUGGUUUGCCCCACCUGUUGAAGGGUGUGGCUGCUGUCACAUGCAAACGGUUACUUGGAGCCAUAGGUGAGAGCUGAGUGUCCGGUGAGCUGCCCCAGAAUGGACAGGACAAGCCCCUUCACCAGAGAUGUUACCCCUGCCCGGGACACCCCGGAGACAGUAGUGGACACCAGAUAAAUUCCUGUGUAGGAGGAAUACAACAGGAACUAAUACACUGCUUUUUACCACUGUAGAAGCAUUGGUAGUGUCCUAAUUUAUUCUGUAUUUCAUUUAAAUACAUAAUUUGUUACUCAGUUAAACAGUAGUUGGUCUUUCUUAUAAUUUUUUAACUAUUUCUGUAAAACUUGGGGUCAUUGGAGCAUUGGUUUGGUCCUGUGUUUCAAUUAAUCAGAAUCCAUUCUAUCAAUAAACUUGAUGUACUAUACAUGUAUGUGAACGUGCAGCUGUGGUUUAUAAGUUUGGUGGGAAUAUAAUGUGAUACUAACAGAAAAAUUAUGGUAGAACUGAUCUUUAAAUAUUCUUGCAAACAUGUUUAGGAAGAAAGGACAGUUAAAGAGAGUAUUAGUGCUAAAGAAAGAGGAUGUUGCAGAAAGGUCGAGAUAAAAUCUGUUUUGGUUAAGGCUAUAAAACGGUAGACGGAACUGGGACUGGGUGUAUUCUGUAGAUAACCAACUAGUGGGAAAGAUGGAGGGAAUUUACAGAGACAUGCAAAUACCACAGCAUCAUUACAAAGUGGGACUUUAAUUAUCCAGUGUAAAAUUAGAGCAAUAAUAGUAAGGAUAGAAAAGGUGAAGUGUUUCUGAGCCCCUCCAGGAUAAUUUUCCAGAACAGUAUGUUUCUAGGAGACAACAUUGCUGGGUCUAGUGAAUGAGGUAGAUUAAACGCACCAAACUCUGGUGGGAGAACAUUAGCAUACAGUGAUCGUAAAGUUGCAAUAUUUAAUGUUACAAUAGUAAAGAGACAACCAUCCAAACUUUAAAAGUGACUAUUUAGAGAAAAAGGUUGAUAUUAAUGGGAUGAUAGUCAAUUUGACCCGAGUAAAGCAAAACAAAAAAUAGCAGACAGAACUGUAAACAGAACACAGAAAAGGAAGAAUCUCAGCCCGAAACAUCGACUGUGCAUUCCUCAGUUGUUGCCUGCCCUGCUUAGUGCCUCCAACAUUUUGAGUGCGUUGUUCUGGAUUUCCAGCAUCUUCAGAAUCUUUUGUGUUAAGGAAGAAAUGAAUCGGGUGCAGUUGAGCACAUUCCAUUCAGGGACAAGGGGAACACAAAUACCUAGACCUCCCUGAUAAUUGAAAGAGGAAAAUAAAAGGAGUUUAAAAGGUUAUGUAUGAUACAUACACUCAUGCCCUGCAUAAUGCUAUCUCUGGUGAAGUGGCUAGUGCAGAAACAAGGCAGCCCAGGAUUUUCCUGCAACACUGAAGGCCAUAAUUGAAAAGGACGAUUAUCCUCCCGAGCUUGCCUUCAAUGUGGAUGAAACGGGCCUAUUUUGGAAAAGAAUGCCUUCUCGUACUUUCAGCCCCUGAGAAGAGAAACAGGCAUCUGGGUUCAAGGCUGCAAAGGACCAAUUAACUCUCUUGCUAGGAAGCAAGCUAAAGGUGACUUUAAGUUAAAACCUAUGAUUGAGUAUCACUCUGAAACCAUCACAAGCAAUGAAAGACAUUUUAAAGUCAAAUCUACCAGUUAUUUGGAAAUUGAACAAGAAAGACUGGGUGACGGUUGAAACAAAGGUGGUUUGUUUCACAUUUUUGUUCAGCAGUGAAACGGUAUUGGGAGGAGCAUGACCUAGAACCUAGAACAUCAUUGGUGAUUGAUAAAGUCCUGGCCACCCUGAGAAUCUUGACAUGCUUCAGACUUGCAUUCCUGUAGAAGUGGUUUACCUUCCAUCCAACACCACUUCAUUACUCCAACCAGUGGGAACAAUGAGUAAUAUUGAAUUUUAAAUCCUCCUACCUUAGUCGCACAUUCAGACAACUUGUGGAGGAAACAAAUGGUCAAGACAAUUUUGGAACCAGGCAAUUUUGGAAAAACUACGUCAUGGAAGCAGUAGACAAUAUAGUAUCAGAGCAGCCUGGAAUGAAGUAACUUCAAACUGCGUGAGCAGAGUGUGAAGAAGUUAUGGUCAGAAGCAUGCAACAACAUCCUAUGGUUUCAGGUGGAACCAGUCAUCCAGAACAUUGUUGAACUAGCCAAUGAAGCGGGAAUAGAGGAUGUUAACGAUGGCGAUGUUGAACUGUCACUGCAUUCUCAUGGUGAGAACCUUAAUAAUGAAGAGCUCCGAGAAUUGGUGGAGCAGCGCAUCCUAGGUGAAUCUGAGGACACGGAUGGAGAAGAGGAAACACCAGCAAAAACCACAAAAUUCCUCAGCACUAGCAUCACCAAGAUCACACAAAUCAUGGACCAGUUCAUCUAUGAUGACUCUGACUGGGAGCGAAGCACUAAGGCAAAGAGAGGUGUUCUUUACAUGAUUUCCUGCUGCCGACAACUGCUUCAUGAGAGGAAACUUAAGCAAAGGCAGGCAAAUCUUGACGUCUAUUUGAAGAAGAAGGAGCCAAAGUCAGAGGAGGACCCACAGCCUGGUCCCUCCUCUAAGAUGUAACACUACCCACUUCCCUCUGCUGCUGCUGUUCCACUGAUGCACAGGUUUGGCCUAUUUGUGUGUUUGUUACUCCACCAAUUACUGUGUAUACAUAAAAUAAUACAUUACAUAUCUUAAGUUUGAUUUUUUUAAAAAACCAGGCACACAUAUCCAUUUACGUAAUGUUAUAAUGAUCCUGCAAAGAGCUGAUUUACAUGGUGCUCCAUCUCUGAGGAACACAUUCUCAGCAUUAAGUGGGGUCUGAGUUUACUGGAUUGACAUACUAGCAGGAAGUAGCCUGAUUACAAUAAAAUUAGUAGUGAACGUGAGAGAAGAGGUGUGUUUGUGGAAAAGAUUAACUCAGUAUAAAUGGGAUUCCAAAAGUGUUCCUACUAAGGAUGAAAAGAAACUCUUACAUGAAUGCUGAGGACAUUAUUAAGGUAAUGAAGCAUUUCGAGUGCUGGUUCAUUCCGAGGUGCCAUAUUAUAGGAAAGAUAAUGAUUCAUUGGAUCACGGGAACAAUCACAAGGUUAAAUUAGAGAGCCUGGGACAGUUUAAAGUAAAUUUAAUAUCAAAGUACAUAUAUGUCACCAUAUAGAACCUGAGAUUUGUUUUCUUAUGGGCAUACACAGUAAAUACAAGAACCAUAAUGGAAUCAACGAGACUGGACCUAACAGGGCAGACAUUGUGCAAAGAACAACAAACUGUGCAAAUAUGAAAGAGAAGUUGGCACUGGUGAAGCUCAGCAACUACUUACUGGCAGCAAACAGCACCAAGGAAACAACAAGAUACUUCAUUUACCAGAAAAAGUGCUAUUAAUAAUCACCACAAGCAAUAGCCUAUAACUUCCCUUUGGAGCUGGAGACAAUUCAAUGAAGCAGAACUGAGGCGAGGCAGUAGGUCUGCUGCCGAGAAUGAGGAGAGACCUGAGGUUUAAUCAAUUGACAUGCCAGGCUGAAUUGGAAAGGUCAGGUAUAGGCCAAAUUGAGGCCGUGGCAGGCCCCAGAACCUACUGGAGUGACUGGACCCAUUGUUUGGACGAAGUACUGAGCUAGAUUGGGAAGAUUGGGUACAGGCUGAUUCAAGGCGGUGGGGUCCAAGCCCCCAGCACCUAUCAGAGUGACAGAGCCCGAUGUUUGGACAAUGAUUUAAAUGCCCGGCCAGAUUGAAAAGGUCAAGACCUCAGGGCCAGAGGUGAGGGACGGGCAGGUUCAGAUUACUGCUCUGUAACAUUUACUUGGCUCUGCGCUGAACUGAGUCUCCAGAUGCUCUCACAUUGGCCUUGGAAUGAAAACACAGGGUCAUCAGGGACUGUGGGAGUUUGUGAAGAUUCCUCAGUGUUUUGAAGGACAAAGCAGGCAUAGAAAGCUUAUCUGGGAGCAAAGCUGUGUUGUCAUCUGUGUCAUUUAGUUUCAAUUUUUCUUUGAAUAGAGAUUGAAGGGAGAUUUGAUUGAAGUAGUUAAAAUAAUGAGAGGCAAGGACAGUGACAGCUGUUCUAUCUGGAAGUCACAGUUGUGAAAUAAAGAAGAAAAUUAAGAGUAGCAUGAGGAAAAUCUUCGGUGUGGUGUGGCUGGAACAGCAAAUGUACUGCCUAAAUUAUGGCCUUCAACACUACCGAUUUGAUCAACACAAGGAGAAAAAUUCCCAGACCUAUGGGGAAUGAUUCUGUGGGAGGACUUUUAGGUUGCUCUAAAAGAGAGCUUGCACAGACUGGAUAGUUAGAAUGUCGUGCAAUUAACCAUUAUAUGUCUUUCCUCUUUUUGUGUAGCAGGACACAAUGAUAGACACAAACUUCCGUAAUGCCUAGCAUGUUAAGGUGACUUCUGUUUUCAUACAUGAUAAAUGUACUGUUGUGAAGAAUGUAUUGUGUCCAAUUACAAGUUAUUUACUCGUACAUGAAGAUUGGCUGGAAGUAGCCAUUAAGAAGUUGUUGAUACUAACUAUGCGAGAUGUCUGGCUUAAAAUGUGACAUGGUUUUAUAUAAUAUUUUAAAGUAUGGCCCUUUGUCUGCACACUCUGCCAUGUAGUUACUCGGUGAUUUAUUAAAGGAAGUUGUGUUGAUAUUUCCUCAAUGGCCUUUGUGAGGUUAGCCAAAAUGAAGCUGAGGAAAUAGCUUUCCUCUAGUCCUCAGAAGCAGUCAGUUGGCUGUGCAGUGGAUGUACAAACAAUCAUCUAGUGACAAGAGAAUCUUAAACUGUCAAAAGGUUUCAGUGCUAGUGCUGUGCCAUAAGAGUAUAAGGAAGAGGAAUAUUUUGUCUGGUUUUAUGGGUGUAAUAAUUUUAUUUUUCUGUAUACAGUGGAUUCCAGUUAAUUGGGACACGUUAGGUUCAGAACAGUUUGGCCCAAUUAAGCAGCUAUACCAUUUAGUCCAAGUUGCAUGGAAAUAGUUGAAAGGGUAUAUUAAAAAAAAUCAAACUACCAUGUAACUGAGUAACAAAUUUUGUAUUGAAAUGAAACACCAAACAAAUUAGAACACUACCAAUGCUUCCUUCCUAGCAUGUCGCACCAGACAGUCAGCCAUUCUUGUCUGGCGUGUGGUGUCAGGAUUGGUCUUCUUUCGGAUUAACUGGGUCACAAUGUGAACGUUCCUGACUCAACCCUUGUUUUUUAUGAGGCCGAGUGGCUAGCUCGAUGCUCAACCCGGCACGGAUGGAAAACGUGCUCGGGGGGUGGCCUGACUUGGAUUCAAACUCAAGAGCCUUCGCUCCGAAGUCCGGCACUGAUGCCACUGUGCCACCAGCUGGCACUACCAAUGCUACUACAGUACUAUAAAACUAUAUUAGUUCCUACCAGUUAUCGACGGAGGAAUUCAUUUAUUGAUCGUUUAUUGAUCGUAAGUGAACAAAAUCAGCGCAGAUACCUAGUGUAGAUAACAAACUGCUUUUAAACAAUGCUAUUGACAUUUGCAUCUUUCAAACCUUCAUUUCUAUUGUAACAUGCGAGAUGAUUGUUGGUGCCUUCAAAUUCUUAAUUCCUAACUUGGUGAAGAAGUGACAUUCUUUCAGUGCCACUCCCGACCGUUUGUGGCAUCUCCAAGCCUGAAUGCUUGAAACUGCAGGAAGAAAAACAGUUCUGAAUUGUCAUGCUGCUUAUCUUUUUUGCCAACUAUCAGUGACAAAAGUUGUUACUUUAUGAACAUAAGCACACGCAACUGAUGCUAUUUAAAACCAAUUCACUCUAAUUAUUGUGUAAUGUCAAAUGACCACACAAAUGCACAUGUCUGGCACUAGUUCGAAACUAUUGAGCAACUGUCUUCUGCCCCAAUUAAGUGCCUUAGUGUACCAAAUAACUAAGGGAAUCUUCCCUGCUAUUUUCUCAAUUAGUUUUUUUUGUUCUUUAAGAGUUGUCCCAAAUAAGUGGCUGCCCUGAUUAGCUAUGGCCCAAUUAACUAGAAUCCACUGUAUAUCCAAACAGUUCUCAAUGUUUUGCCUGUGAUUAUUUCAUUCAGCAGUGGAAGUCUAAUCUUAUGCUUAAACGAGCUAAAAUUGUACAGAGAAGCUACAAUGCAUUAACUGGUUAUAUGCCCAUUGGGAAGGAGAAGUACAGAUUGGAGAGCAUAUUGGUCCAAGCGUCUGUUAUGCACCUGACAAAGCUAAAGAGGGACUAAAAGAAUCCUAGGCACAGGUUGCCAGUAAGUGCAGUUAUCCAGGGAGCUCGGAAAAGGAAGAACUAACAUUUUAAAUUGAAGAAAUGGAGAAUUAGAAACGUAGAAAACCUACAGCACAAUACAGGCCCUUCAGCCCACAAAGCUGUGCCAAGCAUGUCCUUACCUGAGAAUUUACCUGGGGUUACCCAUAGGCCCCUAUUUUUCUGAACUCUAUAUACCUGUUCAGGAGUCUCUUAAAAGACCCUAUUAUAUCCACCUCCACCACGGUCGCCGGCAGCCCAUUCCACGCACUCACCAUUCUCAGCGUAAAAAAAACUUCCCUGGCAUCUCCUCUGUACCUACUUCCAAGCAUCUUAAAACUGUGCCCUCUCGUGCUAGCCAUUUCAGCCCUGGGAAAAACCCUCUGACUAUCCACAUGAUCAAUGCGUCUCAUAAUCUUGUACACCUCUAUCAGGUCACCUGUCAUCCUCCGUCGCUCCAAGGAGAAAAGGUCGAGUUCACUCAGCCUAUUCUCGUAAGGCAUGCUCCCCAAUCCAGGCAACAUCCUUGUAAAUCUCCUCUGCACCCUUUCUAUGGUUUCCACAUCCUUCCUUUAGUGAGGCGACCAGAACUGAGCACAGUACUCCAAGUGGGGUCUGACCAGGGUUCUGUAUAGCUGCAACAUUACCUCUUGGCUGGAGUGUCCUAUGGACUCGGACCCCAAGAUCCUUCUGAUCCUCCACACUGCUAAGAGUCUUACCAUUAAUACUAUAUUCUGAUAUCAUAUUUGACCUACCAAAAUGAACCACCUCAUACUUGUCUGGGUUGAAUUCCAUCUGUCACUUCUCAGCCCAGUUUUGCAUCCUAUCAAUGUCCCGCUGUAACCUCUGAUAGCCCUCUACACUAUCCAACUUUUGUGUCAUCAGCAAAUUUACUAACCCAUCCCUCCACUUCUUCAUCCAGGUCAUUUAUAAAAAUCAUGAAGAGUAGGGGUUCCAAGACAGAUCCCUGAGGCACACCACUGGUCUCCGACCUCCAUGCAGAAUAUGACCCGUCUACAACCACUCUUUGCUUUCUGUGAGCAAGUCAGUUCUGGAUGCACAAAGUAAUGUCCCCUUGGAUCCCAUGCCUCCUUACUUUCUCAAUAAGCCUUGCAUGGGGUACCUUGUCAAAUGCCUUGCUGAAAUCCAUAUACACUACAUCUACUGCUCUACUUUCAUCAAUGUGUUUAGUCACUUCCUCAAAAAAUUCAAUCAGGCUCGUAAGGCACAAUCUGCCUUUGACAAAACUAUUCCUAAUCUUGCUGACUAUUCCUAAUCAUAUUAUGCCUCUUCAAAUGUUCAUAAAUCCUGCCUCUCAGGAUCUUCUCCAUCAACUUACCAACCACUGAAGCAAGACUCACUAGUCUUACUUGAAUUAUCAAGAAAAACAAGAAAAGAGAUGUUAACUGGUUGUAAAGCCUGUUUAUUUUGAGUCAACUGUAAAAUGUUAUCUUCAGCCUCUAAGCAAAUAUAAACAAAAAAAGGUAAUCAUUUACACACAGACAGAAAUUUACAGCAGGCAUACUUGGAGCUAUGCCGACAGCUUGUCUGAAACCGAUUUGUGUACAAAGUCAUGCUUGCCUAAAUAUCA